AUGAUCUUAUAUGCACAACCGGUUUGCAGUGGGCCCAUGUUACACCUGGCUUCUCGACUACAAAAAUUGAGGAGUUUUGUUAUACAUAGUGCUAUAAUUUCACGAAUAAGUGACAUUCUGAGUAUUGACAAAGCACAGAAACUCAAUUUCCUAGUUCUAAUCAUCAAUUGGUUUGUGCAACUUACCUACAAUAUUUGCCUCAAACGGCCAAACCACUAUACAACACUCGCUCUCUAUUCGCUACAUUUCGGUUCUUUUCAAGGUCCUAAAUCCUCUCUCGUCGGCUUGAACAAUGGACUGGCAAGGUCAAAAGGUAACAGAGCAACUGAUGCAGAUAGUGUUGGUGGUGUUUGCGAUGGGAGCAUUCUUGACAGGGUAUAUCAUGGGAUCGUUUCAACUGAUGAUGUUGAUAUAUGCUGGAGGUUUCAUUUCAAAGAAGAAGCUUCCUAA